AUGGGCUGCCUGUCUGGCGUAUUCGUCAUUAUUCGCCUAGUACACAAAGUGUUUGCGACGAUGGGCGACCUCGGCAUGGACGACUGGUUUAUUCUCAUCACACUCGGCUCCGGUAUUCCAGGAACUGUCAUCAACACCCACGGGUUCGCCGCCAAUGGCCUCGGCAAGGAUAUUUGGACCGUUUCGUUCACUCAGAUCAACGACUUUGGGUAUUGGUUUUUCAUUAUGGAACCAAUGUAUUUCGGCCAGGUCACGCUGCUCAAGAUGUCGCUCCUCUUCUUCUACAUGCGCAUCUUUUCGCAGAGCAGUAUCAAGAAACUCAUCUGGGGCACCAUCGGGUUUAAUGCAGUCUUUGGCCUUACCUUCAUCUUUGUCGCCAUCUUCCAAUGCCAACCGAUCAGCUUUUACUGGACAAAGUGGGACGGAAAUCGCAACGGACAAUGCUUGGAUAUCAACGCCAUCGCCUGGGCCAAUGCUGGCAUUAGCAUCGUGUUGGACAUCUGGAUGCUCGCUCUGCCUCUAUCUCAGAUUAAGGGUCUGAACUUGCAUUGGAAGAAGAAGAUUGGCGUGGCCAUGAUGUUCUUCGUCGGUACCUUUGUCACCGUCUCUCUGGUCGCAUUCGCAAAGUCCCAGAACCCAACCUGGGAUCAAUUCGAAGUCGCAACCUGGUCCACUGUCGAAAUCAACGUGGGCAUCAUCUGCGCCUGCAUGCCUUCAAUACGCGUCAUCCUCGUCGGCUUCUUCCCCAAGUUGUUGGGCACCACACGGCGCGGUACAUCCGCAGCAGCCAAGUACUACAUCCAAUCGAGUGGCAACGGCCGCAGCCGGAACAGGACGCUGGGCAACGAUGCCAAGGUCAGGACCGUCGAUCGCGACUCGGGGCUUUCGAGCAGCCCGAAUGGCAUCAUGUACACCAAGGAGUACACUGUGGACUAUCACGACGAGACGAGCUUGGUUCACAUGCGCGAGCUGGAAGCGGGCAGCUCAAAGACAGGGAGGACGGGACGAAGUGGUUCCCCGUUCUGA